GUGAACAGCCUGAACAAACCCUCCUCUUCUCUGAGCUCUUUACUGUUGCAAUCUUUAUACAGUAGCCAUAGCUGUGUGCUUUGCUCCUGUCAGGCACCAGCUUUGACCCAUGACUUUGUUCCUCUCCUGUGAAGAGCCACGAAAAUACAGUCGUGGGGCUAGGUGGGAUUCUUUUCGGUCCCUUCCACAGUUUUGUGAGUGUGUGUGGCCUUUUGUGAUGCUGUCUGAGCAGAGGAUGGUCCAUCACUGCUGGUAGCAAAAGGAACGGGCCAUGAGGGGUUGCACCUCCUGGUGUGAUGUGCGAUGAUUAUCCAAGGCUGCAGGGCAGGGAGAGCUGAGUUCUGCUGUGAGUGUGACAUCCCCUCGGCCAACUGGAUCACUGCUGUGGUCUCUGACGGUGAUGAGUAAAACAAGGGUUAAAGAGGGUUCACCCAGAUUGAAAUGAUCCCGGUGAACGGAGCAACUUUGUAACGGCAGCUAGUACUUAUCUGUGUAAAACCGGCUGUAAACCCGCUGUGAGCUGCCACCACCUUGACAGAUGCGCUGUGCUGCCUUCAAGAUCCCGCACAGAUGUUCCUCGUCCACCCGACAGGAAGCUUCGUCGAGCCAAGAUUAGCUUACUGAAGUCACCAACAGCAGUGAUUUUUUUCAAAGCUUUCCGGCUAUGCAGCGAAGAUCUGCAGCAAAGAAGCAGCUAUUUUUUUCCUCUCCGUGAAAGGUUAUAAAUGAUUAGCCCUUAUGACCAACAUGAGCUGGAGUUUUCUCACCCGUCUGCUAGAAGAAAUUCACAAUCACUCCACUUUUGUGGGGAAGGUCUGGCUCACCGUGCUGAUCGUCUUCCGUAUCGUCCUGACGGCUGUCGGAGGGGAGUCCAUAUAUUCAGAUGAACAGAGCAAAUUCACGUGUAACACCAAGCAACCAGGCUGUGACAAUGUCUGCUACGAUGCCUUCGCACCGCUAUCACAUGUCCGGUUCUGGGUCUUCCAGAUCAUCAUGAUCUCAACCCCUUCCAUCAUGUACCUGGGCUAUGCCAUCCACAGGAUCGCUAGGUCCUCCGAGGAGGAGAAGAGGCUUAAGGUACUCAAGAAGAAGAAGAAGCAGUUUGCUUUGAACUGGCAGGCCGUCCGUAACUUGGAAGACCCUUUGGAAGCAGAUGAAGAGGAGCCCAUGAUCUCCGAUAACAUGGUGGAAAAUGAGGAGAAAGCCAAAGCAAACAAGAAGAGCAAAGAGCAGCAGAAGCAUGACGGGAGGAGACGCAUCCAGCAAGAAGGGCUGAUGAAGAUUUACGUCUUCCAGCUCAUUGCCAGAGCUUCAUUUGAAGUUUGUUUCCUGGUUGGGCAGUAUUUUCUUUAUGGCUUUGAGGUGGAAGCAUAUUUUGUCUGCAACAGAGCCCCUUGCCCUCACAUGGUGGACUGCUUUGUGUCAAGGCCGACAGAGAAGACCAUCUUCCUCCUGGUGAUGUAUGUUGUGAGCUGCCUGUGUCUGUUGCUCAACAUGUGUGAAAUGUUCCACUUGGGGUUUGGGACCAUUAGAGAUGCCAUUCGCAACAGAAAGAUUAAUAGUUUCAGGCAGCCUCCAUACAACUAUUCCUAUGCGAAGAAUAUCUCCUGCCCUCCCGAGUAUAACCUAGUCAUGAAAUCGGAGAAGCCCGCCAAGGUCCCAAAUAGCCUUUUGGCCCAUGAGCAGAACUUGGCUAACGUUGCUCAAGAACAACAGUGCACAAGCCCAGAUGAGAACAUCCCGUCAGAUCUGUCCACCCUUCAUAAACACUUGAGAGUGGCCCAGGAGCAGUUAGACAUCGCAUUCCAGAGCUACAGUGCCACUCAGGCCAACAUGCAGCCUUCCAGAACCAGUAGCCCACCUUCAGGUGGGACGGUGGUAGAACAGAACAGGGUCAAUACUGCCCAUGAGAAACAAGGCGCUAAACCCAAAGCCAGUUCAGAAAAAGGUAGUUCUAGCAGCAAAGAUGGAAAGAGUUCUGUAUGGAUAUAAUUAGGUGCUUGACCAUAGCUCACAGACAGGGCAAUGUAAGUAAGAGUGUGGGUUUUUUCCAGUAUUGUCUAGAAUUCAAUUCACAGAGCACAGGCACAAUUUGUAUGUGGGAGUAAAUGUAGCUGAAGGAUGAGUUGUUUCAAACGUUAUAUUUGAAUAAUGUCUUCUGGUGUGUUAACAAAGACACUCCCUUUCUUGCCUAGUCCAUAUUCUCUCUGGGAACCUCCAUCGAGCUAAACUGUAUGGUCCCCCCACCACACCCCGGCACUGCUUAGGGAUGGGAGUAACAGUCUUUCUUCUUAUGUCACUCACUAGCUAUUUGCCCAGGACAACCCACUGCAGGCUCUCUGCGACAGAGACUCGACUGACAAGUGAGCUGGUUGGCGGGAAGGGGACUCUGUUGAUCAUUCAGAAGAAAAGUCUUGACUACCCUGAGCAACUCAUGUCCUGCAUCGUAAGGCUAUAGUACUGUACUUGUAUUGAGAAGGGUUUAAUUACUAAAUGUCCUUCCUCAAAUUAAUCUGAAUUCCUCCGUUAAAGGGGAAAACGGUGACAUGUUGCAUAAACUGCCACAAUCCACUAGCAUGGCUCGUUUCCUGCCUGGAUUCUUACUAACAAGCAGUCAUUGGAGAUGAACGCAACAGAGAUUCCGGCCGUGAGUUCUAACCAUGCAUUAACGGAACAUGAAGACUGUCAGAAGCACAGUAGCCAUAUUUUAAAGAAUGUACGCAACCCUGAGCGAUUAGCGUUGAGGUAAAUGUUGUAUCCUUUUCUUCCCCCAAUCAGUGUUGAACUGCAAAGCAAAUGGGAUCAAAUGCUAUGUAGCAUUUGCAGUCAAUUUGCACUGUAACGAUGCUGCAGUGUAGCAUUCAUCCCAGAGCUGGUGGGAAUUGCAGCAGUUUAGUGUUUUUUAACACUGCUACUGCACAUCUUAAGCAAAAGUGCCUUUAAGCAACCAGGAAAAUGAAAUCUGAAGUUUCUAAAGUCUGUGUUAACUCUUGGUAGAGAUCAGAAGACCAGUGCUGACAAAUUUUGUUAUCAUGUACUUUUGUUUUAAUCAAAAGCUUAUAAAUAGUUGCAGCCAAAUAGAUCAAUGCAUAGUGUGUACAGUGUGUGUGUGGAGACAUAUAUUUAAGUAUAUAUACACACACAUCUGAAUGUUAUGUGUGAGAUACAGAUACAUAUAAUGUAAUAUCAAUCUCACGAUGAUAUUUACAACUUCCCAUCCCCACCAAAAAACCACCAGCUCAGAAUACUGGCUGAUUUUUCUCUCUUGGAGGUCAAAUGGCCAGCCCUUGGGCCAGAUCCUCAGCUGGUGUCAGUUGGUUCAGCUUCAUUUAUUUCAUCUGACCCGACCUGAGACUCUGCCGACUUGGUUUUAAUGGGGACAGGAGAGGGGCCAUUCCCAAAAAGCACUCGUCUGCAGUUUAAGGCCCAAAUCCCCCUUGCCUUGCUCACACGACUAGUUCCACUGGACUUGUGUACACCAGGUUAUUUUGGCUAAAGUUUACCACCAGAGAUACCCACAAUGCAAUGCUAGUGCAGACCAAGUCUAUGCAACAUGGUGCUUAACAAUGCCAGUGGCCGCUGGCACCUUGUCUGCUCUAGUUCUGUGGGAGAAAGUGAACCGAUGGUGGGAGAAGUGGGGAAAUCUUAAGAAAAGAAGCCCAGUCUAAACACCACCAUUGACUUCCAUGAGGCUAUUCAUGUCAGUGAGGCAAGCAGGGUUAGGACCCUAAACACAGCAUGGCUCCAACUAGAAGGGUUUCAAACACUCUCUGUCAGAAAUACUUUGGCAAUGUAUUUUUUUCAUCAUUGCCAAAGUAAUUUUUUUUCACUUGUACAAAACUGACUGUGUCUGUGGCUUUGUUGUGAAUUAACUCCGGUAAUGAGCAGAAAUGUAAUCCUGACCGCUGGGAACAUGGCUGGGUGAUUUAUCGGCCUGGGUGUCAGUGGACGUGCUGAAGUAAAAAAGUAAAUAAAUAACUGCCCCAUUUUUGCUCUCAGAGAGCCUGAUCCUGCCAGGUGCCUAGGUGUCCUCAAUUCCUACUGUGGCUUUGCAGGAUGCAUUCAAGAGCUUCCAGGAUUAGACCCAUAAAUCUCAGACCACGAUAAACCUCUAAAGACUCUGAAUGAGCAGAGCACUUAAGAACAUGCUUAACUUUAAGCAAGUAAGUAGCCCUGUGGGCCGACUCGUGCAGAAGUGCGGUAUUCAGUCAGGGCCUAAGAAGGCACUUCCAAAAGCUCUACAGCAUCAUCACUGAUAGUGACAGAGCAAAUAAUUGUUUUCAAAGGAAUACAGUGACCAGCUCAUGAGAGCUUCUGGCAAAAAUGUUUAAUAUAUUUUGCAUAGCCACCUAUAAAGUACUUUAGGGUUUGAUCCUGUUCCCAUUGGAGGACAUCUCCUGGAAGCAGAAUCUGCUCCAUGUGAUUGUUCAAAAUGACUGAGUGACUCAAAGGAACUGAUCACAAAUCAUCAGUUCUGUUUAAAGGAAUGCAGCUUUAUUCUGCUGCCCGACAGGGCAUGUGUAGUGGAUUUCCUCAGCAGGAUAGGUCAGGAUUACUCCAUGGGUCUGUCUUAGGGAAGAACUCACUUAGCCGUGAGUUUUGCACAAAAGGCUCCUAAUAUUUACAACAUGGUGGGGGUGGAAGAAACAUAUCGGUCUGCUCCUCCUGGCUGAGUCCUUUCUCUUUGCUUCAUGGAACGACUUUGCAUUUUGCAUGGAGUUAAAUUAUUCCUCCUAAACGUGGGACAUACCUAAAAACUAAGAGGGU